AUGGUAACCAGGCGGCGCCAGGAGACCUCUGCCAAGCUAUCAAAAAAAGACCUCAUCAUCGUUGGCGCGCCACUAAACGCCAAUCGCCAAGAUUCGCUAACACAAGCGGUCGAAGCGGAGACCGAUGUAAUAGAUCUCGGCGCUCCACAACACGCCCGUGCCCGCCGCACGCAGCGCCUACCUCGCCUGUACACGCCCAACCCUCGCCUGUAUCCUAGUACUGCACAAAAAAGCCAGCAAAACACACAUCUGCGAGCGAACGCGAGCCAGAAGCGGCGACGCAGGUUCACUCGGCCCGUGCCGAACUCGCGGCUGUACCGGCCGGCGCCGCGCGCGCCCCCGCGCCCGCCCCCGUGCCGGCCGGGUGCCUGGCUCGCGCCCGUGCCGCGUGCCGCGCUAGACACCGCGUCGCACGCCGCGCUGCGUCUGCUGCGCGCCGCCGGCGGCAUGGCGGCCAGCAAGUACUCCACCAGCCCUGACUGCUCUGACGGCGCCGACGCCUCCUCCGCGCCCAGCGAGUUCCUGGCUGAGUUCCUGUCAGCGAUAAUGCGGCGUCAGUAUGCGGAGGCGCUGAAAUACUGCCAGUUGAUCUUGCAGUACGAGCCGCACAACGCCACGGCGCAGGGCUUCUACCCGCUGCUGCGCCACAAGCUGCACGCGCACGCUAAAGACGAAACGAGCUCCAGCGAUGAUACAAGUUCAAAACGCGGAGGGCUAUUCAAUACACACUUUAGACAGAGGAGCGCGUCCAAGGACAAAACCGAGGAGGAGGACGAGGCGGAGGAGGAGGUGGAGAUGGAGCAGGGCUCGUCGGGCUCGGGCUCGGAGUGCUCUUCGCUGGAGUUGGACUCGUCCGCGUCGCCGCCGCCGCCCGCCGCCCGCGCGCCCCGCGCCGCCCGCUCCGACCGCUCCGACCCCUCCGACAGUACGUGCUCGUCCUCGCAUACAGGCUCGUCGUGGCGCUGGGAGAGCGGUGGCGAGCGCUCGGAGCGCGACGACAACGGCAACCCGGCGCUGUGUGCGGAGGCGGCGGGUAGCGCUCCGGCGGCGGCGGCGGGCGACGCGGAGAACGACAAUGCGGCCAGCGCUCUGCACAACGCUCAUAUAAAGAGCGAGGCGGAGGCGUCGCCGCUGCGCCAGCUGCGCGCGCACUUCGCCUGCACCAUCAAUCUGCGCACUCCCGCCGCCGCCGCCGCCGCUCUGGCGACGCUUCUCGUUGUUCUCUUUGUU